GUGGAAUCUGCACUGAAACUCUCGGUGGCUGGAGCCUGCAGACUGGGCAUGCUCAGAAGCCAGGGCUGGCUUUGGUCUCAAGUAGGAAGCUUUGCACUCGGGAGGCAGCGGCGACUUUGGGGAAAGUUGAUCAGAGAGGGGAGGAAGCCCCGAGACGCGGAGCAGCGUCAGGAAGGAGCCCCCGGCAGCCCGGAGGAGCAUGGGCACCCUGCGGGAUUUACAGUACGCGCUCCAGGAGAAGAUCGAGGAGCUGAGGCAGCGGGAUGCUCUCAUCGACGAGCUGGAGCUGGAGUUGGAUCAGAAGGACGAACUGAUCCAGAAGCUGCAGAACGAGCUGGACAAGUACCGCUCGGUGAUCCGGCCGGCCACCCAGCAGGCGCAGAAGCAGAGCGCCAGCACCUUGCAGGGCGAGCCGCGCACCAAGAGGCAGGCUAUCUCCGCCGAGCCCACUGCCUUCGACAUCCAGGAUCUCAGCCAUGUGACCCUGCCCUUCUACCCCAAGAGCCCACAGUCCAAGGAUCUCAUCAAGGAAGCCAUCCUUGACAAUGACUUCAUGAAGAACCUGGAGCUGUCGCAGAUCCAGGAGAUUGUGGAUUGUAUGUACCCAGUGGAGUACGGCAAGGACAGCUGCAUCAUCAAAGAAGGAGAUGUGGGGUCACUGGUGUAUGUCAUGGAAGAUGGGAAGGUUGAAGUCACGAAAGAAGGCGUGAAGCUGUGCACCAUGGGCCCAGGAAAAGUGUUCGGGGAGCUGGCUAUCCUGUACAACUGUACCCGGACAGCGACCGUCAAGACUCUUGUAAAUGUGAAGCUCUGGGCUAUUGAUCGACAAUGUUUUCAAACAAUAAUGAUGAGGACAGGACUCAUCAAGCAUACGGAGUAUAUGGAAUUUUUAAAAAGUGUCCCAACAUUCCAGAGCCUUCCUGAAGAGAUCCUCAGUAAGCUUGCUGACGUCCUUGAAGAGACCCACUAUGAAAAUGGGGAAUAUAUCAUCAGGCAAGGUGCCAGAGGGGACACUUUCUUUAUCAUCAGCAAAGGAAAGGUAAAUGUCACUCGUGAAGACUCACCAAGUGAAGACCCAGUCUUUCUUAGGACUUUAGGAAAAGGAGAUUGGUUCGGAGAGAAAGCCUUGCAGGGGGAGGACGUGCGAACAGCAAACGUAAUAGCCGCAGAAGCUGUGACCUGCCUCGUAAUCGACAGAGACUCUUUCAAGCAUUUGAUUGGAGGAUUGGAUGAUGUUUCUAAUAAAGCCUAUGAGGAUGCAGAAGCUAAAGCAAAAUAUGAAGCUGAAGCUGCUUUCUUCGCCAACCUGAAGCUGUCGGAUUUCAACAUCAUCGACACCCUUGGAGUUGGAGGUUUCGGACGAGUAGAACUGGUCCAAUUGAAAAGUGAAGAAUCCAAAACCUUUGCAAUGAAGAUUCUCAAGAAACGCCACAUUGUGGACACUAGACAACAGGAGCACAUCCGCUCGGAGAAGCAGAUCAUGCAGGCGGCUCACUCCGACUUCAUCGUGAGACUAUACAGAACAUUUAAGGACAGCAAAUAUUUGUAUAUGUUGAUGGAAGCUUGCCUAGGUGGAGAGCUCUGGACCAUUCUCAGGGAUAGAGGUUCAUUUGAAGACUCUACAACCAGAUUUUACACAGCAUGUGUGGUAGAAGCUUUUGCCUAUCUGCAUUCCAAAGGAAUCAUCUACAGGGACCUCAAACCAGAAAAUCUCAUCCUGGAUCACCGAGGUUACGCCAAAUUGGUUGAUUUUGGCUUUGCAAAGAAAAUAGGAUUUGGAAAGAAAACAUGGACUUUCUGUGGGACUCCGGAGUACGUAGCCCCAGAGAUCAUCCUGAACAAAGGCCAUGACAUUUCAGCCGACUAUUGGUCACUGGGAAUCCUAAUGUAUGAACUCUUGACGGGCAGCCCACCUUUCUCAGGCCCCGACCCUAUGAAAACAUACAACAUCAUAUUGAGAGGGAUCGACAUGAUCGAAUUUCCAAAGAAGAUUGCCAAAAAUGCUGCUAAUUUAAUUAAAAAACUCUGCAGGGACAAUCCAUCUGAAAGAUUAGGAAAUUUGAAAAAUGGAGUGAAAGACAUCCAAAAGCACAAAUGGUUUGAGGGCUUUAAUUGGGAAGGCUUAAGAAAAGGCACCUUGACACCUCCUAUAAUACCAAGUGUUGCAUCACCCACAGACACAAGCAAUUUUGACAGUUUCCCUGAGGACAAUGAUGAGCCACCACCUGAUGACAACUCAGGAUGGGACAUAGACUUCUAAUGUAUUUCUCUUACCUGCUUCUGCCUUGCUGAAGACAGCUUUUUCUGAGACACAGCUGCCAGCAAACCUGAGGGAAAGAGAGAAGAUUAGUGCUCGGGGUCACCACGAUGCCUUUGAUCGAUGCUGCUCCAGUAACUACAGUGGCAUUAGGACUUAUUGCUUAGAUGACAAUAGUGCUCUUUACAUGUUUUCUGUUGGAACCUAAAAAUAGCAGUUGACAUGGUGGUCCUGAAGCAAAGCCUUUCACCAGUAAAAAGAUGUUUUCUAUUAUUGCAACGAUCUUGCUUCGCUCUGAUUAUAAUUCAAAAGACAGUAAGAAACACUUCAAUCUAGUAAAAGAGUCUGUACCUUGCCAGAAUUAUCAAGAAGAUCAAAAAUAAUAUCCUGGGUACGACAGAUUUCUAUGGUACCAAAACUGGGCUCUUCCCUUUCUUCGGGUGAGGGUUGUAGGAUCUAUUACCGCAGGCCGGUGUACAUACCGUGUAACAGAGGACCACACAUUCGCUGGUCACAGAGUUCAUGUCAAACCAGUGCUAGAAGUUUCAUGAUUUCAUUUCCCAGCCGUGCUGAUGACAAGACUGAAUGUUACCUUUCCUUUCUGACAGAUUCAAAAAAUUGGUAUGUUAAAAGCACAACUGCUAUGGAGUCUGCUGAGAACUCUCAUAGCAGGUAUAUAUGCGUUUUUCACAGAGAAUGGAAGAAAAAACAACAUGCAUGAUAUUUGUUUCUUUUUGAUAAAUUGGCAUGGCAGAGUGGAAAAAAAAAAACAAUUCACAACCAUUUCAUAUUUUUAAAAAAUAUUGUGCUUCAAGAUGGUCCUGGAAAUAAGUGACUAGCAGCCAAUUGUUUUUUAUUUAUGACCUAACACACCCUCAAACUGAGGCUUAAAAUAUUCCCUUUUAUAAAAAUAAACCCUUGGGGUCAGGGGUGGGGCGGGAUGGAGAGGGAUCAAGAUUCAUCCAAAAAAUAAAAAUAAACUAUAUAGGUGCUAUGUAUAUCUCUCAUCUGUAAAUGUCAGUGUCUGAACAGACAACACAAAUUCUAACCAUUACAUGUGUAGCCAGAGACUCAAGCAUUUUCACCAAAUCCACCAAACCAAACUCCUGUCAGAUUUCACGUAUACAACAUAACCUAGGGUUGAGGGAGAAGGCUGAUUAAAAACUAUUUGAACUAGCUCUUGUCUUAGGCCUGAACCAAAAGAAAAAAAUAAAAAUAAAAAGAGGAGGAGGAGGAGGAAAGAAGCACAAGAGAUUCGUAGAUUCGCCAGAAGAGUAACCUUACUUAGGUGACGUUGGGAAACAAGACAAGAACUUGGCCAGGUAUUGAUUACCUUUUCAUGAAUUUGCUGAUAUGAAUCCAUGUGUUUGUGAAAAUAGAAAGAAUAGGAAUCUGAGUUUUUAAAAAUAAGGUUAGCUAAAUAGAACAAAAAUAUUACAGUCCUAAAAUAUCGUACUACCUAGAAAAGAUUGGAUUUGAAAAUAUUAAACUGAUUUGCUUUUUUCCCAUGGGGAAAAGAAUCAGCAAUUUAAACGGAGUCCUUUGCUGGGAGGCCAGUUGACUAUUAUUAGCUGUCAUAAGUAACAGAACCACUGGGAAGCUUUUCCUGGACAAAUAGAAUUAUAUCUGCUCCGACAAAUGCAUAGCCUUACAGGCUGUCAUCCUGAUUUGGAACUGUGUGUGAAUUUGGUAUAUUACAUAGGGGUUUGCAUUUUUCCAGUAGAGUUGUUUUUUAAAAAGUCAAACAAAUAUAGACAUUUCUGCAAAAUAAUAUGUCCACCUAGAUCGUUAUACUGUAUCCAAGAAGGAUAUAUUUUUAUUUUGGUUUGAAUUUUUCAUAGUAAGGCUACUUUAGAAUAUAUCUUCUAAAAAUAUAAUAAUCUAAGAAAUAUUUGGAGAAUUAAAGUAUUAAGGGCAUAGUAUAUAAUUAGAAUUAAAUUAAAACUUUGAUUCUAAGAUAUUAUUUUUUGUGUUAUGGAGUUUCUCUCUCCCUUACAAAUAAUUUCUCAAAACCAAUCUAUUCCCCAAGAUAUCCACUUCCUUCUACAGAUUUUAGAAUAUUUACUUACAUUAAUUAAAUACACCAACCUACAAUCCAGCAACAAAUUCUAAUGUAGACGAUUUAUAUCACUUUCCAUUGGGAUUUUAAAGAUAGAUAAUUUGAACAUCAUAGUUUAUGUUUGGUAAUUUUUGUUGAAAAAGAAUGAAGUAGGCAUGCUAAAGGAGUGCUAGAAUAUUAAAUUUACCUAAUCAUUAAGUAAAAAGAAUCUGCUCCUGCAACUUUUCAAAUAGCUCAAUAGCCCCAGAGAUUGGCACUUAACUAUGAAUUUUGGAGCUGUGGUUCAAGUCUAAGACAACCAAUACAUGCAAAUCCCAUGGGCAGUAUUCAGCAAACAGACCUACAGGUCAUUCCUCACACUUGUUAUUGCAUCUUUGUUCAUUUCAUCUGUGGAAUUGCAUUAGGCUCUCUAAAGCAAUCGCCCAAACAUUAAAGUGAACUACAUCAUCCAAGAAGUACUAACAGAGAACAUUCAUUUGAUUGCCUACAUUGAGUUUUGAGGAUUUAAAUUUUGUCUCAAUGAAGACAGUAGGGCUAAAAUUCAUGGUCAGCUUCAUAAAGUGUGUUUCACUUCACUUGUGAAUUUUUCAUGCCCCCUCUCUAUUUUCCUACACUAAAGGACAUCUGGAUGAGUUAAGAGAGGGACAACCUGUUUGAGUUGUUAACUGACUUUCUUGUUAAUACUUCCAGUAUGGGAAAUAGGGCUUUCUGUGUAUCUUGACUUACGGGAAAACUGAAAACUGCCAACAAAAGAAACAUCAUAAUAGUGUAUAUGAGGUAGAUUGAAUAUAUUAGAAAAAAUGAUUUCUGGAAAAUUGCUAUAAAUGAUUUUUAUGUUUGUACCUUCUUUGUUAAUAUAUAAAUCAGAUCCAUGUGACAUUUAAAACACUUAUUUUGAUUAUAUUCUUUACAAGUCAUAAUUUUUAUUUAAAGGUAUGGGAUAUGCAUGUGAACUACACAUGUGUAAUAUAUAAUUUUAGCUAUUGAAUUUUCCUUGUUUCAUUUCUAAAUGACUCCACUGAUGGUAAACUUAAAUCACAAGAAGUCAAUUACCAUGUUGAAAUUAAGGAUAUUAGAAAUGAUUUCAUAACGUAGAGGUGAUCCAUAACAAUGUUUUAUUUCACAAUAGGACCACAGACAAAUAUUUAUGUAAAUAGAUAUUUUUGUGUGAUAUUUUGUGGUACAUAUAACUUUUUUUAGUGUUUCACGCAUUAUUAUUUCAUUUUAUUUGUAUUGAAUAAUGUUUUGGGGUCUAAGUAGACUUGAAUUAAUGUCAUAAUUGUCAGUAUGAUUGAAAAUUAUGUCAACUGUAUUGUUUUUCAUCUGUCCCAUAGUUUAGAACAUGACCUGGCUAUCUGGCAUUGUUGCAAGUGCCUUAAAUUCAUGGCAUCCUAUUAAUAAAAAAACAAAAACAAAUUUGGUGUUAUGCUGCAUGACAAAGACAAACACACCUCAAAAUGUUGUCCUUUCUUAGCUUGCUGCGUUUUACAGUUCUUUCUGCUAACAAUUUAUAAGACUUUAUUAUAUAAUAUUGAUGAAUUACAGAAAUGAUGAAGUUGUUCUCUUAUUUCUGUUAAAUGUACCAGAGCUGUGUAUCUGUUAAUGAGAUACAGCGUCAUUUCUGUGAAAUGUAUAAAUGUAUGUGCAGGUCAAAUUAAUAUAUGACAUACUACCAGUCUGUAUACAGGUAUUCCUGUUUUGCUAAGCUGUGCAGAUUCAGUUGAAAAAAAAAAAAUUAGUACUAUCCAGUUCUAAUCUAUUUUAUAGAUUCCAUUACAAUGGUCCAAUUCAAAAGAAAAAUUAGAAGAUGACUGCUAACCAAACCUUGUUAUAAAACCAAUGAUGAAAACCCUUGGUGCACCACUCAACAAAACAGGAUGCUUUCUCCGAGUUCUUGCAUAUGCAAAUCAUUUAUGAGGCAAGUUUUCGACAGACCUAGAAAGCUAAACAUUGAGAGUGUGUUGUUAGCCGUCCUCCCUAGCGGCCCCUGCAUCAACAGACACAGCUCUGCGACUUUGACAAUGACUCCGAGGUUUGGGCUUUUCAAGUAAAGGGACAGUUCUUUGAGCAUCAUGUAUCAAAUUUAUUUCAAUGUAUGAUGUUUUUACAACUGGUCAGUUCUUUUGUACUCUUACAGCUAUGGUUAUUUGAUUGUCCUCUUACCAAUUUGUUCUACAUGAAAGAGUUCUUUGUUAGUCUGAAUGCAACAACUGUCAUCAGAUGGUCACUGACCACUUGCACUCUUUUGGUGUAGAUUAAAACUUUUUCAUAAACUUAACCUGCUUUGAUUUGCUCUGUAUUUUUCCUGCAGCUGUAAUUGCCGAGUGCCUGUUGUAUACUUUAUAGAGUUGAAAUAAAAGAAAUAAUUACUUUUGAA